AUGGUAAAAAAUAGACUCCAAUGGUGGGCUGAGCAAAAUAAUCUUCUUCCUGCUAGUCAACACGGCUUUCGUAAAGGACAUUCGUGCUCGGACAACCUGUCAAAUCUAACCCUCAAAGUCGAAGAAGCUUUCGUAGAGAAAAAAGAAGUUUUAGCCGCCUUCUUAGAUGUACGCGGUGCUUUCGAUAAUGUCAAAAUUGAUAUUUUACUUAAUAAAUUAGCAUCAAUCGGCUGCCCAGAGAAACUCCUAAUAUUUAUUAAAUUUAUCACUUACGAAAGGCUAAUAUAUUCAGAUUCAUGCCCCAACAACCCCAGACUUGCCACUAAAGGUGUUCCUCAAGGCGGAGUCUUAAGUCCGCUACUUUACAUUCUUUAUGUUAGUAGUAUAACAGAAAACUUGCAAAAAAGCGUUGAAGUGUCACAAUUCGCAGACGACAUCGCGAUCUACAUCAAAUUCACCUCGCUAAAAAGAGCCAAGAGCAUAAUUCAAAAAGCAAUCCAAAUUAUUGAAAACAAUCUCAAAAAGCUAGGAUUAGAGCUUGCGCCAGAAAAAACUGAUCUUAUUCAUUUCAACAACACCAACAUUCUUCCUGGAGAAACAAUAAUUAAAGUUGGUCCUAACACCAUAAAAUCAAGUGAAUCAGUUCGCUUCUUAGGAAUUAUUUUCGAUUACAAGCUUUCAUUUUUCCGACAAAUUGAUUCAGUUCACAAACGAUGUUCCAAAGCACUCAACAUUACUAAGUUCCUCUGUGGAACUUGGUGGGUAGCCGAUCCCACCACGCUCCUCACCUUCUAUAAAAGUUUUGCAAGGUCUAUAAUCGACUUCGGGUCCUUCAUUUAUUUUCCUUCUCGUAAAAGCGCUGUUGAUAAACUCGAAAAACUUCAGUUUAGUGCAUUGAGAAAAGCUCUCGGUCUUCGCGUGAGUACUCCAAAAAAUAUACUAAUAGCUGAGUCUAAGAUAUCUCUCCUUGAACACCGAGCAUUUUACCUUUCCAACUGCUUCUUGGCUAAAACAUUUUCUUGUCAUGAUUCACAGACCUUUAAAUCAGUGAAACGCUUUUACUAUAUAAAUAAAAAACACUCCAAAAAACCCCAAAAAAUCAUCAGUCAAAGUAUUAUCAACUCAAUGGAACUAAUGGGCAAAAUAAUUAAUAAAGGAAAGACGCACUUGUAUUGUCACAACUUUCGUGAUCAAAUUAUUAACAUCUCUGUGAAUAUUGAAUUUGGCGAAAAACUGAAACAUUCCUCCGACCCAAAUAAACAAGUAGCUGAUUUUAUACGAGAAAAUAGCGCCUUAGCGCUGUACACAGUUGGCUGUAAAACCUCUCACAGCGUAGGAACCGCAUGCGUUGCACUGGAAAAUCAUUUCGAAGUGAAAAGAAGAAUUAACUCUCUAUCAUCGGUGUAUACUGCCGAGUGUAUAGCGUUGAGCGAUGCGCUUGAUGUAACCGCAAAUAGCGAGCAUAGUAACAUUUUCAUUUUUUCUGAUUCGCUCAGUGCUCUCACUUCUCUCGCGUCAAAAAAACUCAGUGUAAAAACUAAUCCGUACAUUCUCGAAAUAAAAACUAAGCUAACGAAUCUCUAUCUAACUCAACGUCACAAGUCUACAAACUUUUUCUGGAUUCCGUCACACCGAGGCAUUGAAGGUAAUGAAAUUGCCGACAGCGUAGCAAAAGCGGCCACUGAAUGCGAACUUACUGAUGUAGGAGAAGUUCCUUUUACAGACUGUUUCGAAAGAUUCAAAUUAACUUGCAAAAAUCAAACUAAAGAAGUAAUAAUAAACCAAGCAAGCUCGACUGGCAAAAAUUUUUUUAAAAACUUCUACAAGGAAGCGAAAUCCCCUUGGUUCAGUAAAUUCAAACUAAAAAGGGAACUCAUCGUCACAGUCAAUCGCAUCAGAAGUGACCAUUACAGUUUAGCAGCAUCACUUUACAAAAUAAAGGUUGUAGAUAGCCCAUUAUGUAAAUGUAAUCAAAAUCCGGAAGAUAUCAAUCACAUUCUCUGGCAAUGUAAUUUAUACAACUCCCAAAGAUUGUCCCUUCUGGCUAAUCUCAAAAAGUUGCAGUAUCAACUACCCUUAAAUAUAGAGUCCAUUGUCGCGAACCCUGAUGUCAAUGCGUGCGAACAUAUACUUUCCUUUUUAAAAAAAUGUAAUAUUAACAUUUAA